GUCAUGGUGGCUUGCGCUGGAUGAACCUGAAACGUUUCGUUACAUUUCAGCUUUGGUUGGUGUCGUAACAGUUUAAGCAAGUUUGGUAAAGUGGUAUUUGGUCAAAACUGCCAGCAAAAUGGCAUCUACCGCGGCAGGCAAACAACGGAUACCGAAGGUGGCGAAGGUGAAGAAUAAAGCUCCCGCAGAGGUUCAGAUCACUGCUGAGCAGCUGCUGAGAGAAGCCAAAGAGAGGGAGCUCGAACUUCUGCCACCACCACCUAAACAGAAGAUCACCGAUGAAGAAGAGCUGAACGAUUACAAACUGAAGAAGAGGAAGGGCUUUGAGGACAACAUCAGGAAGAAUCGCACUGUCAUCAGUAACUGGAUUAAAUACGCACAAUGGGAGGAAAGCCUAAAGGAGAUCCAGAGGGCUCGUUCCAUUUACGAGCGAGCACUGGACGUCGAUCACCGCAACAUCACUCUGUGGCUGAAGUAUGCCGAGAUGGAGAUGAAGAGCCGCCAGGUGAACCACGCCCGCAACAUCUGGGACAGAGCCAUCACCAUCCUCCCACGAGUCAAUCAGUUCUGGUACAAGUACACAUACAUGGAGGAGAUGCUGGGGAAUGUUGCCGGCUGCAGGCAGGCGUUUGAGCGUUGGAUGGAGUGGGAGCCCGAAGAACAGGCCUGGCAUUCCUACAUCAACUUUGAGCUGCGCUACAAGGAAGUGGACAAAGCCCGCACUAUUUAUGAGCGAUUUGUCAUCGUCCACCCUGAAGUGAAGAACUGGAUUAAAUAUGCUCGCUUUGAAGAGAAGCACGGUUACAUCGCUCACAGCAGGAAGGUGUAUGAGAGGUCAGUGGAGUUCUUCGGAGAGGAACAUGUGGACGAAAAUCUCUUUGUGGCCUUUGCCAGGUUUGAGGAGACACAGAAGGAGUUUGAGCGCGUUCGAGUGAUCUAUAAGUACGCUUUGGACCGAAUUCCUAAACAUCAGGCGCAGGAGCUCUUCAAGAACUACACGAUGUUUGAGAAGAAGUUUGGAGACCGGAGAGGAAUUGAGGACGUCAUCGUCAGCAAACGAAGGUUCCAGUACGAAGAGGAAGUAAAGGCAAACCCACACAAUUACGAUGCCUGGUUUGAUUACCUUCGCCUGGUGGAGAGCGACGCUGACCCCGACACUGUGAGAGAAGUUUACGAGAGAGCCAUCGCCAACAUCCCCCCCAUCCAGGAGAAGAGACACUGGAGGCGGUACAUUUACCUGUGGAUCAACUACGCUUUGUACGAAGAGCUGGAGGUCAAGGAUCCAGAGAGAACGAGGCAGGUUUACCAGGCCUGCCUAGAUCUAACCCCACACAAGAAGUUCACAUUUGCGAAGAUUUGGCUGCUCUACGCUCAGUUUGAGAUCCGCCAGAAGAACCUGCAGGGAGCCAGGAAAGUCAUGGGCACAGCGAUCGGUAAAUGCCCGAAGAACAAACUGCUGAAGGGCUACAUCGAGCUGGAGCUUCAGCUACGAGAAUUUGACCGCUGCAGGAAGCUGUACGAGAAAUAUCUCGAAUUUAGUCCCGAAAACUGCACCACCUGGAUUAAGUUUGCAGAACUGGAGACGAUCCUGGGAGACGUCGACAGAGCUCGCGCCAUCUUUGAACUCGCCAUCGGACAGCCACGUCUGGACAUGCCAGAGGUCCUGUGGAAGUCCUACAUUGACUUUGAGAUCGAACAAGAAGAGUUUGGAAACACCAGAAACCUUUACAAAAGGCUGCUGCAGCGCACUCAACACGUCAAGGUUUGGAUCAGCUACGCCAAGUUUGAGCUGUCGAUCGACGGCCCCGACCGGCUGCAGAAGUGCCGACAGAUCUACGAAGAGGCCAACAAAAGCAUGAGGAACUGCGAGGAGAAGGAGGAGCGGCUGAUGCUGCUCGAGUCCUGGAGGGACUUUGAGAAGGAGUUUGGCUCCGAUUCCACCAGAGAACGAGUCAGGAAGCUGCUGCCGGAGAAGGUGAAGAAGAGGAGGAAGCUGACAGCUGAGGACGGGUCGGAUGCAGGCUGGGAGGAGUACUAUGACUACAUCUUUCCAGAAGAUGCCGCUAACCAGCCCAACCUCAAACUGCUUGCAAUGGCCAAGAUGUGGAAGAGGCAGCAGAUGACCGAGGAGAGCGAGACUCUCCCAGAAAAAGAUGCAACGGCUGAAGAGACAUCGCCGUCCUCUGAAGAACCUGCAGCUGCUCCUGAGAGCCAGCCAGAGAACGAGUCCAGCAGAAACACUGUGACUGAGACAGAACAGGAAGGAACAUACGACGACCGAGAUGACGAUGGCAGCAGCAGCAGCAGUAGUAGCAGCAGCAGCAGUGAGAGUGAUGAUGAUGAUGAUGAUGAUGGAGAGAAGAAGAAGGAGAGUAGGAGCAGUGAGGAAGACAAAGAUUAGGCUCCUCGUUCAGGGACACGAGGGAACUGGACAGUCUCUCUGAUUUUUCUACUGUUUAUCUAUUUUUUUUUUAACAACAAACCCAGCUCAUGAGCAGUCUUUAUUGUAUGUUUUCUUUUUGUGCCAUUACACAUACAUCAACUCA